UUAUAUCUGAACGAUGGCAAUAUAACCGCUUCCACUACUGGCUUACUUGAAGUCAAAGGAUGUAAUCCUACAUCUCCAGUCUCUUCCGAUUUGACACUCCAUUCUUUGCUUCCUUCUCGAUUCCAUAUCAUCGGAAAUUUACCAUUUAAUAUUUCAACUCCCCUUAUUGUAAAUUGGCUCUCGGAUGUGGCUGAACGUCGCGGACUUUGGCGUAGAGGGCGGACCCAAAUGACACUUACUUUCCAGAAGGAGGUGGCAGAGCGUAUCGUGGCUUCGGUUUGGGAUGAGCAGCGGUCAAGGCUUUCAGUUAUGGCUCAGGCUUAUUGUGACUAUCAUUUUAUCAGUUAA